AUGGCGACGGCGACGGCGACGAUACCGACGAUAUCGAAGCUACGAGAGUAUUUCCACACCGAAUAUCAGCCCGGAGAGCGGAAGCUCGUGCAGAAGAUUGAUUUCUUCAUCUUGACAUUUUGCUGCUUGAGUUAUUUUACCAAUUAUUUAGAUCGGUCUAACCUCAGCAAUGCCUACGUCUCGGGCAUGAAGGAGGAUCUAGGCUUCGUCGGCGACCAGCUGAACCAGAUCAACACGUGCUUCACGGUCGGCUACGUGAUCGGGCAGAUCCCUGCGAACCUGUCGCUGCACUACGUGAAGCCGCGGUACUUCUUCCCCGCCUGCAUGCUCGUGUGGGCGUGCCUGACCAUGGUCACGGCCUCGGUGCGCAACCCGCAGGGCAUCAUGGCCAUCCGCUUCUUCCAGGGCAUCGCCGAGGCCACCACCUUCGUCGGCACCCACUACAUCCUCGGCUCCUGGUAUACGGAGCGCGAGCUGGGCAAGCGCUCGGGCAUAUUCACCGCGUCCGGACUCGCCGGAACUAUGAUCGGCGGGUUCAUCCAGACGGGUAUUCAUUCUAGUCUAGACGGUACAAAUGGUCUCCGUGGCUGGCGCUGGUUGUUCAUCAUGGACGGAAUAAUCACGUUGCCAGUUGCGCUCUAUGGCUUUCUCUUCUUCCCAGACACGCCUUCGACAACUGGGGCUUUCUACCUUACGGAAUCCGAGAAAGCUCUAGCCGUAUCUCGCGUACCGCCGGUCGAAGAACGAUCACCGGUGUCCUGGACCUUCUUUAAGAAUGCCUUCUCGUCUUGGUUAUUCUGGGGCUUUGUCGUGCUAUGGAUCAUUGCGGGCGAGACCGAGUCUUUCAGCUCGAACGCUCUGCUGGCUUUGUAUAUGAAAAGCCACCCGACGAACAAGUACUCCAUCCCCCAGCUGAACAACUACCCUACUGGCGUGCCCGCCGUUGGCAUAGUAUCGACUCUGUUCUGGGCGACGCUGACGGAUUACCUCAACGGCAAGCGUUACCUUGUCGGCUAUUUCAUCGGCAUCACGGGCGUGGCUACUUCUGCAAUGAUCCUGGCCGCUUCUAAGGAUCCGACGAACCCGACAUCUACCGCUGUAGUGUUCGGAGCUUAUUACUGGGCGGGCACCGUGUAUGCUUGCCAGGCUACCUUCUUCGCGUGGGCUAACGAUGCUCUCCGCUACGAUGAACACAUGUUCCGAGCUGUGGUGUUGGCGGGUAUGAAUUUAGGGAGUAACGCCGUGAACGCCUGGUGGAGCAUCGUCUUCUACGGAGCGUCGAUGGCGCCGUGGUUUAGUAGGGGCAUGUGGGCUAUGAUUGCCGUAUCUAUCUUGUUAGCGAUUUGGACUGCCAUAUUGUCUUACACGACAGCUAAACAUGAGAGGAUGAGAAAAGCGGAACUUGGACAAUCCGGUUCUGGUGGUAGAAAGCCUACCGAAUACGCAUGA